GGAAAUCUUUUUGUGUGUUUCUCUUUCCCGCCCUCUCAGGUGAAGUAGUGAUUUGAGGUCACCUGUAAAGAAAGUGACCCAGGUUUUGUAUAAGGAAGAUGCCUCCCAAAAUUCAAGACAAGGGUUUGAAUCCUGCCAUGGCGGCCUGCGUCCUGGGGAUCGACUUGGGCACUACAUCGGUGAAAACCAUCCUGCUGCAAGAGAUGGAGCAGGGACCCACCGUGAUCGCAAGCUGCACCAGGGAAACCCGGGCUCAGGUGGAGAGCCCCAAUGCCGGGCCACAGAGGAACGAGCAAGAUGUCCGCAAAAUUGUCGCUGCCUUGAAUGACUGUCUCGCCGGUCUCCCCCAGCAACUCCUGGGAAGGGUUUGCCGCAUUGGCGUUUCCGGACAAAUGCACGGGGUCGUGUUUUGGAAAACGGGUCAAGGUUGCAAGUGGAUCGCAAGCGGUCACGGGCAGAGGUUUGAGCCUGAAGAGGUCAGUCACCUGAUCACAUGGCAAGAUGGCCGCUGCAGCAGCCCCUUCCUGUCCUCGCUGCCUCAGCCGCAGUCGCACCUCAGCGUGGCCACGGGCUUCGGCUGCGCCACAAUCUACUGGUACUUGAAAAACAGCCCAGAUUUCCUGAAGCAUUACGAUGCUGCCGGAACCAUCCAAGACUACGUUGUGUCCAUGCUGUGUGGCCAGGAAAGGCCACAGAUGUCUGUCCAGAACGCGGCCAGCUGGGGCUACUUCAACACCACAAGCAAAAGCUGGAAUAUGGACAUCCUUAAAGAGUCCCACUUCCCCGUCCACCUGCUUCCUGAAGUGGUCCAGCCCGGAGAACUGGCAGGGGAGACCGCCUACAUGUGGCACCAGAUACCAAAGGGGACGGAAGUCGGGGCCGCAUUGGGGGACUUCCAGUGCUCGGUGUACUCCUGCAUGACCGACAGCGCAAAUGCAGUCCUCAACAUCAGUACUUCUGCGCAGCUCACCGUCCUGAUGCCUUUGGGCUUCCAGCCGGGUGAUUCCCCGAACCCUCGUUCCCCGUUGGCCUACUACCCGUAUUUCAACAACACCUACCUGGUGGUGGCUGCUUCCCUCAACGGCGGCAACGUGGUGGCGACAUUCGUGAACAUGCUCGUGCGCUGGAUGGCUGAGCUGGGACUCCAAGUCCCAGAAUCGGAUCUCUACCCGCGUAUAAUCAGCGCUGCCUUGGCCCAACCGGACACCGACCUCAACAUCUGCCCCACCAUCUUUGGAGAGAGGCACAUGCCGGAGAGGUUGGCCUCUGUGAUUGGGAUUGCGGCCUCUGACCUCUCCCUGGGCCACGUCACUCGGGCGCUGUGCCACGGCGUGGUCCAGAACCUACACUCCAUGCUGCCUUCCCAGCUCCUGAAGGAAGCCGGGGUCACGCGGAUCCUGGCCAGCGGGAGCGCCCUGAGCAAAAACGAGGUGAUGCGUCAGGAAGUGGAGAAGGCCUACCCAUUUCCUGUGGUCUACGGGGGAAAUGUGGAUGCAGCCGUGGGCGCCGCCUUGGCGAUGCUGCGCAGGAAGUGACCUUGGGGCUGCAAGAAAGCAUUUCCUCCGUAAAGAGGGUUCGUGAACACAUAGGGGGCCAAAUGUUGCGGGGCAGAGGGAGGAAGGGAAGGCAAGAGAGAAGGCAGCCACUAUCCUGGAAUAAAAAUGCAGUGGAUUCCUAAUGAUCCCAUCUGUCUACCCGAAGAUCAGAUCCUUCCUGGAGCUAUCUGCUCCCCUCACAUCCCUGGCAGUAGAGGGAUUAAUGCAGGCCUCAGGCACCAC